AUGCUCGAAAAAUCUGCAUUGCCAAUUAUUGAUAUUUCACCGUUCACGAGCACCCAACCCGUGAGUCGCCAAGCGAAACUCGAGACCGCUCGAGAAAUUCAUGCGGCAUGUCGGGAUGUUGGGUUUUUCUACUUGAGAGGACAUAAUAUUCCACAAGACGUUUAUGAGACAGCUCUACAACUUGGGCAUGAGUUUUUUGAAUUAGAAGGGAAGGAAAAAGCGAAACUUGGAAUCGCAAAUGAGGACUUUGCAAGAGGUUAUCAACGAUUAGGCGAGAAUGUAACAAGAUAUCAAAAAGAUUGGCACGAGGCACUCGACUUUUACAGGCCAAUCCCGCGAACGCACCCGCUAGUAACAAACAAUCAACCAUUACGUGGCGAAAAUCAAUGGCCAACCCAUCCGGAAAAAUUCCGUCCAUUUUUUGAACGGUAUAUUGAGUAUAUGUUAGAUUUGGGUCAAAAAACGAUGAGUGCUAUCGCGUUGGGAUUAGGACUCGAAGAGGAUUUUUUUGUCCAGUUCCUGGAUGAAUCUUUUUGGGUAAUGCGCGUUAUAGGAUACCCGCCUCUUCAAAGCUCUACAGGGAAAGAUGGUAUCGGUGUAAGCUGUGGAGAACAUACUGGUGAUUUUUAUCUCAAGUUGGCAUUGAUUGUAUUUCCUGAAAAACCAAGCGAUUGGAUAUUUGCUGAUCCAAUACCUGGGACAUAUGUCGUCAACAUUGGCGAUAUGUUGAAUGUCUGGACAAAUAACGUGUAUCAAAGUACCUUGCACCGAGUAAUUCACAGAGGUGAUGCAUAUCGCGUAUCAUGUCCAUUCUUCUAUGAGCCAAAUUUUGAUGCACUUAUUGAACCACUCCACCCUUGCCUUAAACUUGAUCCGGUUAAACACCACGAUCCAGUUGUGUAUGGUGAACAUUUGCUUCGAAAGGUUUCGUCCAAUUUUGAAAUUACUGAAAACUAA